AUUAAGUUCUAAGAUUGAACUGAUCUCUAACCUAACAUUUAAAUUUUUUCGUUUACUGUUUAAUCUGUGUUUAGUUUUUGUUGAAGAUAUAGUUUUUCAAUAUGGACAAAAGUUUUUCCAGUCCAAUAUCCGUGAAAAGCCCAUUUUCUCCUAGAUCCCGACAGAAUAUAAGUUCCAAAAGGAUUUUGCCGGCUUCUUUCAGAAAAUCAUCACGUUUGAGUUUGUCAGCAAAAUCUACGCAGUCGGUACAAGUUGUCUUAAAGUCAACAAAUAAUUAUGCUGAGCGUUUCGGACAAUCUUUACCAGUUCUAAUAACUGAAGCAUUAACAUUUGCAGAUCGAAAUACUAUAGUAUCUGCCAGAAUAUCAGAGUGUGGAUAUGCCUGGGUUGUUUGUGGCAGACGAUUACUUAUAUGGCAAUACCGCCAGUCUCUAUCAGCUCCUGGAACUCCUCAAAGGAAACUUGGAAGUUUAAAUCAGUGUUUUGAACUUCAAUUGCCACAAAGUGAUUUAGCUCAUAGAGCAGAAUUAGUAUCUGUAUUUAUUAAUGUUGGAUCCAAUAUUCCUUCUUGUAUUGCUGUGUCACCUGAAGGUGUUCUUAGAUACUGGCCUGCUAUUGCCCAUGAAGGGAUUACUGUUGAACAGACUGUAGAUCUCCAGGGACAAGAGUGUGAUAGUUUAACAAAUGUUGAAGGUUUGUGCUGUAUAUUAGCCACAACAACUUGUACUGUAGUUUUAAUACAUCCUGAAAUUAUUAGUGGUCGACAUGUUUUAAAUUGUAAACCACUUAAAGCUCCAAGUGGAUGGUUAGGUGGAAUUAGCAAGAGGAUGUCUUCCCUAAUAUUUGGACCUAUUUCAAGUGAACAAUCCAACGAAACUCGUCUUGUUAGAGUACUAAGUGUUCCAAACAAAGAUAGUACUUGGACAGUAUAUGUUCUUGCUGGUCAUUCUCUGCAGAAAUGGAUUUUAUCCAAUCAAGAUAAUGAACAAUUGGUUUUUAUGUCAGAUUUAAAUAGAGCAGUAAGAGAAAAAUUCCAGACAACAUUAAGGGAAAAAAUCCGAGAAACCCCAUGGGAUCAAUCUGAUAUGGAUUCUUGGUUAAUGAAUAGCCAAAAUAUGGAUACAUGGUUGUUAGAUAUUCAAGCUGAUAAAGAUAAUAUUAUUAUUUUAGCUGCUGCUGUUAAUACACAAAUUUCUCCAAGGGUACAUUAUGCUCUGAUAUCAUUUUCUACGGGUGAUAGCCAUCCUGAAAUUAGAGAUUUUGUAUUGUUGAUGAUAUCAGGUUUAUACAGAGAUGAUAAUCCUUCAGACUCAUUAUCAUACAGGUUUUUGAUAUGUGGCACAAGUGCUUAUCUAUAUAAUGAUAAAACAAUAACUGUAAUACGCCCUCAAGAAGAACCAGAUGUUUUUGAAUUCACUUCCUCACAAGAUGUGCUGCUAGGGGGUUCAAUCUGUAUAAAUACUCCCGUAUUCUUCUCAAGAAUAAAUGGUCUUAUAGCAGUAUGUAGCAAUGACCAGAUUUCUGAUUUUAUUAAUCAAAGCAUGACAUCCAAUACACCUGUUGAAACUUCAUUCAAUGAAACAGCAGUAAAUAAUUUAUCUGUAUAUGUUAUUGACCCCCAGGAAAUACAUAGUGCUUAUAAGGACACAAUGAGUCAAAUGAAAGCAGCAUUUAUUUUUCAUAUUCGUAACCAACAGUCCGCUUACCAAGAGAUUCUUAACGAAUUAUUCCCAGUUGAUAGUUACACACUACCUAGUAUAAAUAGCACUUUAGAUAAGCUAGUUAUUCAGAUGUGUAAGGAUUUGUUGGAUGAUAUACCAGCUGGGGAUCCCCGUUGGACCAAAGAUGCUCCACCGGGAAUAGGAAGCUCAUAUUCAAUGCAAGUUUUACAUCAGUUGGAAGAUAAACAAAAGGCUAUGUCCUUAUAUUUUAAAUUCCUCAAAGACUCUGAAUUAUGGAAUAAACUAUCAGGGUGCAUCAUUAGAAAUACUACUAUGGCCACUAUUCAUAUUUUAGGAGAAUGUCUAGAAAAAAUUUCGGCAGCUAUAAUAUGUAAAAGUCUACCGAAUAAUAUCUUACUUGAAAAUGCUAUAGAAAAAGCUAUAAUCAAUUUUGAAAGUGAACCCGGAAAUGGUCUUACAAAUCAAGAUAUAUUUUAUAGAGAAGUUAGUAAAGUGCAUACUGUAAUUCAAGAACUCUCAAACUGUUGUGAGGAUUCGGCACAUUCUGAUUUGAGCCCACUAGAAAUUGCUCAAAACGUUCAUGACACCAACGAGAUUAUAUUGACCGUUAUAAAUGAAGUAAUACAAUUCCGAAAUCAAAGUAGUAAUAAUUUUAUACCAUCAGAAACUACAAAAUCUUUGGAUAUUGAAUAUUUACCUUGGACCGCUGCAUAUGGAGAUGAAGGCCUUACUGAUACUUUAAUGCAACAACAUAUUUUAACAUACAGUUAUGGAUUGAAAUUAGUAAGUCAGGGUCCAUUAAGAAACUCGUUAUUGGAUCAUUUUGUUGGAAUAACUGAUUUAUUAUUAGAUGGGAAAAAAAGUCAUUUAGAAAGUGUACACAAUGAUAACAGAGAAAAUAAUCUUUAUAGGCAGUAUUGUACGGACAGACACAAACUAAUUAAACCCUUAUUAAAUGAAAAGGAAUACGAGAAAGCGAUUCUACUGGCGGAAAAGUAUCUAGAUUUUGAAACGUUGGUAACAAUUUGUGAUGCCACAGACAAUCAAGAAAGAUUGGAUGAAUACAUGGAUAGAUUCAGUAACAACGGAUUUUCAGAAUAUGUCUAUAAUUGGUUCCUUAAAGAAAAUAAACAAGGAAAAUUAUUAGAUAAAUAUAGAAAAACUGGAAAAACGAAGAAUUUGCAAAAGUUGUCUACCUUUUUAUCCGAUCACCCGUCAUUAUCUUGGAUGCAACAAAUAUUUGAUCAAAAAUUUCCUAUGGCUGCAAAUACGUUGUAUACUUUGGCUACCAAUGAAAAAGAUUCAUUAACAAGACAAAAAACUAUGUUGAGCCUGUGCAAGUUGUCAAAAUUGGCUGGACCAAUAACAGGGGAUUUAGAAGCUUACAUCGAAAAUAUAAACAACAGGUUAGGACUAAUUAACUGUCAAGAAGAAUUGCCCGAUUAUGUUCUUCAGCAGUUUGGCUAUGAUACACUUAAACCUUGUGUAAUAUCUCCAAAAGAACUUAUUAAUCUUUAUACCUGUAAAGAAUACGUUGACGCAAGCGAGUUAGAAUUCAAAAAAGCCUUAGAUAUUCUGAACUUCAUACAAGAUGAGGAAUUAAUAGAUGAAUUACAUUUAAGUAUUUGGAGAAGAGCUAUUCUCAGAGAUUCUUGGAAUUUCAAGAAUUUGGAUUGUCCCAUGGAAGUUUUAAGCACAACUUUAUUCUAUAAAAUAGUGGAUCUUUUGCUAGAUUUAGGUGUUAACCCGCAAACACUUUUGCCACCAAUUAAUAUGCUACUAGAUAGUCCAGAACUUGGACAGUUGAAGGAAAAUCCAAAUUUCGAAUUUUUAAUAAAAACGGCUUAUGAAUAUAUAAAUCGUACACAGAUCAUGGAAUAAGUUGAAUUAUUAAUUUAAUUUAAAAUAAAAAUAAUUUUAUUAUAAA